AUGGCACCCAAAAUUGGAAUUAACGGUUUCGGUCGUAUCGGACGUAUUGUCCUCCGUAACGCUAUUCAAGCCAAGACUGUUGAAGUUGUCGCAGUCAAUGAUCCCUUCAUUGACUUGGAAUACAUGGCUUACAUGUUCAAGUAUGACUCUACCCACGGUCGUUUCCCUGGUGAUGUAUCUAUCAAGAACGGCAAGUUGGUUAUUGACGGCCAAUCCAUCACAGUCUUCAACGAGAAGGAGCCCGCUAACAUCAAGUGGAACACUGCUGGCGCUGAGUAUGUGAUUGAAUCCACUGGUGUUUUCACCACUGCUGAUGCCGCUUCUGGUCACUUGAAGAACGGUGUUAAGCGUGUGAUCAUCUCUGCACCUGCCAAGGAUGGUUCUCCCAUGUACUGUGUUGGUGUCAACCACGAGACUUUCAAGCCUGACCAAAAGGUCAUCUCCAACGCCUCUUGUACUACCAACUGUUUGGCCCCCUUGGCUAAGGUAAUCAACGAUGCCUUUGGUAUCGAAGAGGGCUUGAUGACCACUGUUCACUCUUCAACUGCCACCCAAAAGACCGUCGAUGGUCCCUCUACCAAGGACUGGCGUGGUGGUCGUACUGCCAGUGCCAACAUCAUCCCCUCCACCACUGGUGCUGCUAAGGCUGUCGGUAAGGUUAUCCCUAGCCUCAACGGAAAACUAACUGGUAUGGCCUUCCGUGUCCCCACUACCAAUGUUUCCGUUGUGGACUUGACAGCCAAGCUCAGUAAGCCCACUAACUACGAGGACAUCAAGAAGGCUAUUAAGGCUGCUGCCGAGGGCCCUAUGAAGGGUAUCCUUGCCUACACCGAAGAUGCUGUUGUCUCUACUGACUUCAAUGGUGACAUCCACUCUUCCAUCUUCGAUGCCACCGCUGGUAUCCAACUCUCUCCUCAAUUCGUCAAGCUCGUCGCUUGGUACGACAACGAAUACGGUUACUCUCGCCGUUGCGUCGACUUGCUUGCCUACACUGCCUCCAAGGACAACUAA